UAAUUAUAUUCUAUGGACAAAAGAUUAACCUCAUUUUAUUGAAUUUUAAUUUUCCCUACUGAAAAAAAUGUCGAAAGCUGCGGCAAGACUGAAAUCUAUGAAAAAAACUGUGGAAAAAAUUAAACAUGGACAUAUCAGAACCAAUAUACCCGCAGGUUUAGCAUCUGCUGGUCCACCUUUGGGCCCAGUGCUUGGUCAGAGAGGAUUAAAUAUAGCAGCUUUCUGCAAAGACUUCAACGAGAGAACAAACGAUAUUAAGGAAGGUAUACCUUUACCAACGAGAGUAUUCGUCAAUCCUGAUCGGAGUUAUGAACUAAUUAUCCAUAAACCUCCAGUUGUGUAUUAUUUGAAACAAGCUGCUGGUAUCCAAAAGGCCUCGCUUAAAGGAGGAGAUGAAAUAGCUGGGAUGAUUACUUUAAAACAUGUUUAUGAGAUUGCUAAAACAAAACAAGAGGAUCCUACUUUGCAAAUUAAGUCAUUACAACAAAUAUGUGAAAUGAUAUGUGGCAUAGCUAGGUCAUGUGGAAUAAAAAUUGUUAAAAACUUAGAUGCUGAAGAAUAUGCUGAAUUUUUGGAGCAGAGAAAGCUAUAUGUUGAGGAAGUUCGAAAGGAACUUCAAGAAAAGAAGGAAGCUAAAAUGUUGAGAACAGGAUAAACUAUGUGUAAAUAAAUUUAGUAGUAUUAAAAUUGUUUAUAAUUUCUA